CUAAACGCACUCCUAGAUAAACAGAUGAUAAAAACAAAAUGAGCAUACUCGAAGUAAAAUCAGCAAUACUGAAUUUUAUUAAAUAAUCCAAUGUACAAAACCAGUCCAAAUUACAUUAAUCUAAAAUGCAGCAUCAAUAUUGGGUUACUAAAAAGAGCGUGCUGAGAAAAUUAGGAGGCAAAGAAGACGAAUGUAUUAUUUCAUCGGAUGCCGAAUUGGACGCAAAAUUAGAGCUGUUUAAAUCAAUUAACGAUAACUGUAAUCAACUUCAACGAGUUAUCGAUUUGUAUCAAGAACGGUUGUGUUAUUUAGCUCAAGAGGAAAAUGUUUUGGGAAGGUAUUUACGGGACUGCGGAAAAAAUGAAAAAAAUGCGUCGGCGGGACAGAUAAUGUCCACUGCUGGAAAAGCCCUGGCUUAUACGGGACACCAGAGGCUAACCGUGAGGCCUUCUUUAGUUAGAUUGCACCAUGAGUUAGAAACGUUCAGAAAUAGGGCUAUAACUGAUACAAGAGCGACAAUUUCAGAGAUGGAAAAAGUAAGGACUGAAUAUAGAGCUGCAUUGAGUUGGAUGAAGUCCGUUUCUUCGGAAUUAGAUCCCGAUACUGGCCAUGGAUUGGAAAAAUUCAGAAAAGCCCAAUCGUACGUUAAGAAAACCAAAGCAAAAUUCGAUAGACUAACUUUAGCUUGUUUACAAAAAGUUGAUUUACUUGCCGCUGCAAGAUGUAACAUGUUUUCCCAUAGCUUAGUACCAUACCAAAGUGCAAUUGAGAAUUUUUCUACCAAAUCGGCGGAAACUUUAUUAACGGCCGCAGAGAAAUUGGAUACUGUACAGCCUUCGGACAAUUCCAUCAUUUUGGAAUUGCUUUCACCACUUGAGACAGAUAAAUCGAAAAAGACGUUCUUUAAUUCUGAUUAUACUGAUGAUCCGCCAGUGGACCGAAAGAAAGACGCUCAAGAAUAUAAAUCUGACCCAAAUAAUGAAGAAUCUCAACAAAACGACGUCGCAGACCUACUUAAUGCCGACUUGUCGGACUUACCUUUGCCAGAACAACCAACGACACCAAAUAAUUCCUCAAAACCGAGUUCAGAACUUUUAGAAUUGAAUUGGGGCACAAAUUCCGAGUUCCUUGGCGAUUUUAUGCCCUCCAAGCUUUUGAACGAAGGCUUUUUUAACAUUCCAGAAUCUACGAAGGAAAAUCCACAGGAAUUUAGUCAGAUCAACGAUAAACUCGGCGAAAUCGGGGCUUCAAACGAGAAACAGGUGUCUUGGUUGAGUUUGUUUGCAGAGUUGGAUCCACUGUCAAAUGCAGCAAUUGAAAAUAGUUCUGCGGACGGUACAGAUAGGGCCUAAAGAGUUUUUGUUAGAGAGUUGUCCCGACUUUUAAUUUUAUUAUUUUGGUAACCUUAUUUAUAGCACUAAUAAUUGGAGUAAGAACAACAGAUUUUCUUUUAGAGGUUAUGGUAAUUUUUUUAAUGAAAUAUAUAAACCAUUUCAUACAACUUGCCAUUGAAUGAGGGGCAUACAAACAUUUAUUUUCCAUUCGUUUUCUUAUGAUAUGCACUCAUGUAAAGUCGAUCUUUUUGAGCAAUUUGAAUGUUUUAUUGCAUCUUUUUUUUUAUUCAUUAUAACUACCUAUGAUUAUAUUUUUCUGAUAUUUGUCAACACCUUGAUAGGUAAUUUUUCAGUACUGAAGGCUGUCCUAGAACAAUGAUUACUUUUAUUAAAAUAAUAUUUUUUAAGCAUCAUGAUUUAGAGGAAAUCAAAGUUUUAGUGUUGUAUUUACCUGUUAUAAAGUGAUUUGAGCAAAUUCAUACAUCUUUUUGCUUAGGUUUCUUCAUUUUAAGGACCUUACCAACAUUCUUGAUGGUCUUGCGAUAUGGCAUCUAGUUAUUCUUAUUGGUCUUUAAAAGCAUACUUUAUCCCUUUUUGCCGUGUUUGUUUAAUUGAUUAUAGUACAAAAUGUUAAAGAAGUUCACCAAAAUUUGUUUGUGUACCCCUCAGUUAUGGCGGCUUCAUUGUAACAUCAUUUUAAACGGUCAAACAGCUUGUAGCAUUAUUUUCUUGUAACGUUAAUUUGUACAUUUGUAGCUGUCAAAAUAUGGUUACCGUAAAUUAUAUGGCGAUAACUCUCUUUUUAACAAUAAAUUCUUACUCCAAUAUAUCAUAUAAAGUACAAAAAUUGACUGGUCUCUAAAAGGCAUAAAUUGAGUGAGAUGGGCGAUCUCUUUCUGAUUUUGAAAAAGAUGCAAAUCGUUAUAGGUAUUUUUUAUUUUUGUUUUUAAUCUGUUUUUCUAAUAUUUUAUAUUUGUUUUAAGAAAGAUUAUGUAUAAACUUGGGAAAUAAUUCUGCAACAACAAAAUAAUUAUUGAUCUCGCCCUGUAUUCAGGAGUGAAUCGUAUUUAUUAUUUUUCUGGAACGAUUUAGCCAGUGGAAAGUAAAGCAAAAUAAUACGUUCUUGUUUGCAAUUAUUUUCUGUGUUUAUGCAUUAUCUUUUUGUAGUUUAUUUUUAGUAUUGUACGUUCAAGAUUGCACCUAGGCACUGCCUUAGCAAUAAUUUCUUUUAAAAAUAUACACCUACCUUUGGCAAACUACAUUCUGAGUUCAUUAUUAAAUAUUUACAUUAUCAUUAAAAGUUUCUAUUUUCUAGAUGCAAUCUUGAAUGUAUUGAAGAAAUGUUACCAUAUAUUGGGGUAAAAAUGUGAAAAAACUAUCCCUCGAAUACCAAAGAGUAGUUCAAAUGAACUAAUUUGUCCAGCACCAAAGAUGACGCCAUUUUUUCGACUACGAAAGACUUCAUGAUCUGAUUUUAUUCAUUACAUUAUUCCUAUACACAAUGGGCGUUGCGGAAAUUGCUUUUUAGGGGCGAAAUAUACAAAUAUUUUUAACAGCACACAAUUAUAUAAAAAUAUCAUUUUUAUUUUUUAUAUUUAUUUCAAAAUAUUCCAUAUAUUUAGGUGGGGGGCAUUUGGUCCCUUUGCUCCCCAGCUGGAUACGCCAACGUUGUUUGCUAGAUAUAUCAUUGGAUUUUAUCAUAUUAUAAAAUAAAUAUAUGCAUUUCAAAAUAUA